AUUAUCUCAAAAUCCCAGCAAACAAUCAGAAACCCUAAUACCCAACCCCCAAUUUCAGCGUCGUCUCCCCCACUCGUUGCGUAUCAAUCCCAAAGGUCUCCACACCACGACCGCCGCCGCCGGCCGUCGUCAGCAACCGCAGACGAUUCUUCCGAUCAGUUAUUCAGGAAAUCCAGAGAUACGCAAUGGCGGCGAAAUACGACUUGACUCAGCGGAUAGCGCCGCAGCUGGACCGGCAUCUCGUGUUCCCGCUGCUCGAGUUCUUGCAGGAGAAGGGUUUGUACGCGGAGGAGGAUAUUUUGAAGGCGAAAAUCGAUCUGCUUAAUCAGACUAACAUGGUCGACUACGCCAUGGAUAUUCACAAAUCGCUCUAUCGCUCCGACGAUGUUCCGCAGGACAUGGUGGAUAGGAGAGCUGAGGUGGUCGGUAGGCUGAAGGCAUUGGAAGAGGGAGCAGCUCCUUUGAUGGCCUUUCUGCAGAAUCCUAGUGCAUAUCAGGAAUUGAGGGCUGACAAACAAUACAAUCUUCAGAUGCUUAAUGAUCGUUAUCAGAUCGGUACCGAGCAGAUAGAAGCAUUGUAUCAGUAUGCCAAAUUCCAAUUUGAAUGUGGAAACUAUUCCGGGGCUGCUGAUUAUUUGUAUCAGUACAGGGCCUUGUCCACCAAUAGUGAUAGGAGUUUGAGUGCGCUGUGGGGAAAACUUGCCGCAGAGAUUUUGAUGCAAAAUUGGGACAUUGCUCUGGAGGAACUUAACCGCUUGAAGGAAAUAAUUGACUCUAAGAAUUUCUCAUCUCCGAUGAAUCAAGUUCAAUGUAGAAUAUGGCUGAUGCAUUGGAGUCUAUUCAUCUUCUUCAACCAUGAGAAUGGAAGAAUGCUAAUCAUUGACUUGUUUAAUCAGGACAAAUAUCUUAAUGCUAUUCAAACAAAUGCUCCGCAUCUCUUGCGUUACCUGGCGACUGCAUUUAUUGUCAACAAGAGGAGGAGGCCGCAAUUUAAGGAAUUCUUAAAGGUGAUUCAGCAAGAACAGUACUUGUUUGAAGAUCCCAUUACAGAGUUCUUAGCGUGUAUAUAUGUCAACUAUGACUUUGAUGGAGCACAAAAGAAGAUGAAAGAGUGUGAAGAAGUUAUAUUGAAUGACCCAUUUCUUGGGAAAAGAAUUGAAGAAGGAAACUUUGCCUCUGUACCUCUAAGAGACGAAUUCCUUGAAAAUGCUCGUCUUUUCAUCUUUGAGACCUACUGUCGUAUUCAUCAGCGCAUUGAUAUGGGGGUGCUAGCCGAGAAGCUGAAUUUGAAUUACGACGAGGCAGAGAGAUGGAUACUGAAUCUUAUAAGGACAUCUAAGCUUGAAGCUAAGAUUGAUUCUGAGACAGGAACUAUUAUUAUGGAACCCAAUCAUACCAAUGUGUAUGAGCAGCUCAUUGACCACACUAAAGCACUUUCCGGACGCACUUACAAACUAGUUAGUCAGCUUCUUGAACACGCUCAGACUCAGGCUGCUCGAUAGACGUAGUAACCAACAUUGCUUUUGACUGAUAAAAUGGUUUAUUUAUUUCUUGCAAAUUUUGGAUUAUGGUGCAAACCUGUUUUAUGUCAUAAAUUAUUUCGAUUUACUGCAAAAAGGAAACUUUUCCUAGAGUCUACGGUGAUGAUUUUAUGUUAUAAUAUCCACAUGAUGCACGCGUCGUAUGUUAUGUAGAGGUUUGUCGAUUUCUACACACUUGGGCCUCGUUUGGUAAUGCUAGUGGAAUUGAUGAGAUUGA